AGGAAGUCGCUUGGCCUCAACAAGCCAUUCUGAUCCAAAGCCUUUUUCCUCUGAACCGGCUGAGAUCUUUGCUCUAAGAGGAGACCCCUGGACUCAGAGAAACGCUGCCCGCCCUCGGAGGCCGGAUGCUAAGCAGCCACAGCUGUGAGCACCCUGGAAGUUCUUUUCGGUUCUUCUGUCUGUCCCAGCAACCCCCAGAGGCUCUGACAUCCCUCCAUGAAUCCCCGGAAGAAGGUGGACCUGAAGCUCAUCAUCAUUGGAGCCCUGGGUGUAGGAAAGACUUCCCUCCUCCACCAGUAUGUGCACAAGACAUUUUAUGAGGACUACCAGACCACGCUGGGGGCCAGCAUCCUCUCCAAGAUUAUCAUCCUGGACGACACAACUUUGAAGCUGCAGAUCUGGGACACAGGCGGACAGGAGCGGUUUCGCUCCAUGGUGUCCACAUUCUACAAAGGCUCCGACGGCUGCAUUCUGGCUUUCGAUGUCACCGACCUAGAGUCCUUUGAAGCGUUGGAUACCUGGCGGGGUGAUGUUCUGGCCAAAACUAUUCCAAUGGAGCCCUCCUACCCCAUGGUGGUGCUGGGAAACAAGAUUGAUCUCGCAGACCGGCAGGUGCCCCAGGAGGUAGCCCAAGGCUGGUGUAAAGAGAAGGACAUCCCCUACUUUGAAGUCAGUGCCAAGAAUGACAUCAACGUGGUACAAGCCUUUGAGAUGCUGGCCAGCCGGGCUCUGUCCAGGCUGUGCCUGCUCAUGCCGUUCCGCUGGAAAGCGGAGGAAUGUUGUCUGACCUUGUAUGGCGCUCUGAUUCUCCGCAAACACUGUGCAAUGGUUGCCAAAUGCUGA